AUGCUGUUGAUGACGAGAGUGGUAGAGUUGAGCAAGCAGUUGACUUCUCAUGCGAAAACUCGAGCUGGUCUCGUGAGGUUUGUUCCGUGGUUCGGUGGCGGAAAGCUAAUAAUGGACAUGGAUGUUAGUGUAGAAAUGGAUGCAAAAUCUAAUGUUGCAAUAGAUAAUGGACAUUUCUUUAAAAAAAACGAUCAGGAAGACAACGAUGUUAAAAUUAGUGAUAAAUUGCUUCGUCGUAAUUCGAAGGAACAUGUAAUUUCUCGAACAACAAAAGAUAAAACGACCAUGUGCAGCACGUUCACCGUGUUCACCACAUCAACGGUGCUACUAGGCAAAAACACCAAUUCCUCCUUCACACCACCAAUCAGUAGCCCAUUUAAAACCUUCGCCACAGCCACCAUCACCGCUACCUUCGUCGUUACCAACACUCCGAUCCCAUCUUUCACGGGAAAUCCCUGCCCCAUCCGUUGCGGUAAAUCUCAAUGUUCCUGCGACGCUGACGCCGAAAAACCUUUUUGUUUUGUCAACGCCUCUGGGUUCACAUGCGACACUCCGUCAACUGUAGGAUGGCACAUCGAUAAUACCGGGCUCAAUUUUAUCAACUCCGAUCUCAAAAGUCUUGAUGAACAGUGCAAUACGUUCGUUCCACCUGUCGACGACAUCGAUCGCCAGAAUUUGAUCGACCUGCUGUCCGUUACUACUUAUGGCAAAGAGAACAAAAAUGUUUCAGGCAUAUGGACCGACCCAUUUGAUUUUCUAGGAGAUUGUAACGAAGGUUUCUUCUGUGACACUGGAAACACCCUUGUUGGGAUGAAUCAAACACAAUCAUUUCAAGGAACAUGCAAGGUGAAGCUUGGAUUGGGUGACGUCUGUGUAAGUGCGAAUCAAUGCAACACACAACGGUGUGUGAAUCGGUCAGAUCUAGGUUCCUCUGUCACCGCCACGGAGACAUUAGUAACCGCCAACAAAAACAUGACCACUUCAACAUUCAUUUGUGCACGACUUAAUGAUAAGGUGUUUCCUGUGGUAGCAACUGAUAUCGCCGGCAAGAAUCGUCCGAUGAACGGCGUGGAAACUGCGUUGCUGAUCAUAGGAAGCGUAUUGAUCGCGUUCUUCAUAUUGUUUGCGGCUUUGAGGAUUCGAAAAAAUGGUGCAUCCAGGAGAUUCUUUGGUUCCGGAAAAGGAUGUAACGAUAACAAUGUUAACGACAUUAAUGGAACCGACGGAACCACGAUUUAUACAAACCGUUCGGAGAAACCGGCCGCCUCGCGUUUCCUGGAGAAAUUCUGCACUGGCUCUAAAGCGAGGAAAAAAACAUCCGACGCCCAGAUUCCCAUGACUGGUGGCGCCGCUAGUGAUAACAGCGGUCUUGCGGGUAACGGCUCCAGUGAUACGUUUACCCGAUGGAACUUUGGCAAAAAUUUUGUGGCCAAACAUUUGUCGGCGCUUAGAAUAAGUUUUAGCGAAAGUCUGGCGAACAGUAUGCGUUUUUCUAUUCGACCUCAUUCUUCGACGAACAAUGGAGACAUGCAAUUUUCUAUCGUUCCAGGUGAUAACAAUAACAGCGCUACGGGCAAUGUUAGACGCACGAGUGCGAAUGACGAGAGAACAAGAUCAUUUUUGACCAAUACCUCAGAAUCACUAUCUGUGCUGCUUCCGCCACCUCCGAGCUUUCAUAGCAUAAAUUCCACAAAGGAAUAUGAUACGAAUGAGACAGGUCAGGGUAACGUGUUUGAUGGUGGAAGUAACGAAAAUGUACAUGAUAAAGAUGAAUUUAAUAAUGACACGUUGAGAUACAGCAGCAUUGGUAUAUAUAGUUCUGGAUACACCAGUGGUGGCGGAUACGAGUAUAACGCUCUCGAUGAACUUCACUCUAACUUCUUCAGUGAUUUCAAUGGUGCUUACUUGUCAACAUCGAAGAACAGAGAAGUGUAUAACUCAUAUCAUAGUGGCAUACGGAGUAGCGGAAUUGGAGGCGUGGACAGUUUUAGCAUACAUUUUCCUGACUCAUCCAUAGAAAAUAAUAGUGAGAAUUCCAUGAAUUCCGGUGGAAGAAAUGCAAAGGGAACCGACGAAAACAGGCAACACAACGAAAGAAGCAAUGAAGAUAAGGAAGUGGAUGACAGAAACAAUAAUAUACGCAUUGGUGACAAUAACAUAAAUCCAGAAAGUGAUGAGCACAACUCGCAAGAUACUCACUAUCGCAUUGAUUUGAAUACUAGUACUGCUGAAGUGGCAAGUUGCAGUUUUCCAAAUUUUAAUCAGUCAAUGUCAAGAAGCACUCUGUUCGAACAUGAAGAAGUUCGUUCUAUUGCGUAUCCCGAAGACCUUGAAAAUGAGGACUAUGUAGCACAAGUAAAGUUAUAUGAGGGAUUGCAAUUGAUAAACGAAUUGUUAAUAGAUGAUGAUUUAAGGCAACAAGAGAUUAAAAAAAAUGAGUUAUUACAACAACAAUUACAAGAGAUAGAACAACAGGAAAUGGAAGCUGAGGAAACGGAGAGGGAGUUGGAGGCCAUUAAACUACCAGAAGAACAAUUAAGAGAGUUGGAGAGAUUAUCAUUAAGGAUACAAAGUGAAAGGUUCGUCCUUGAUAUUGAAGAAGAGUUACCCUCGAAAAAAAAAAUAGCGGAAUCAGUUGAAAGUUCCGGUGUAGAUGAUGUAGAUGAGCUACAGGAAAAAGAAGCUGAGGAGAUGGAGAGUGAAUUGGAGGACACUAAGCUACCAGAAGAACAAUUAAGAGAGUUGGAGAGAUUAUCAUUAAGGAUACAAGGUGAAAGCUUCAUGCUUGAUAUUGAAGAAGAGUUUCCCUCGAAAACAAAAAUAGUGGAAUCAGUUGAAAGCUCCGGUGUAGAUGAUGUAGAUGAGCUACAGGAAAAUUCUCACAUAGAUGCAUAG